AUGUGUAACGACAAAGUGAAAUAUUAUGAUAGACUGAGACAACUAUCCAGAAAUCUAAACGAUGACGGCGUGAGUAUAGCUACAUCUCUACAAUACAAUAGAACAGAGUAUGACUUGCAGUACAAGCUAAUAUUAGCAGAUCUCGCCUGUCCUGGAAUCGAAAGUAUUUUGCUCCAAGCAAGCAAAGAUGGCUAUUUCAAAGCACCUUACCGUUGGAUCAUGAUUAAUGACAAGGAUGAUUUAUCGGUAUUGGGGAAUAUUGAUAUUCUUGUGGAUAGCGACGUGGUGGUAGCUCAGAAGAUCAGCGACCAGGAGUACGUGUUCUUGGAAGCAUACAAGAUAUCAGAAGAUGGCGACGUCAUUUACACCACUAGAGCAACUUGGCGGUCUCCACAAUACGUCGUUUCCAACACCAGUACAAGUCUAUCAAAGACAAUCAUUGACGCAGGUUCUAGAAGAAUUAGCAAGUACGGCUGGACAGAAGACUGCAGAACGAGUAAGGUAUUGUCAUCAAGAAGAAAUAACUUGAGAAGACAUACACUCACAGUGAUGAAUGUUGUGACGGACAGCAAUGAAACCAGGAUACAUAUGGAUGACAGAUUGCACCUUCACCAAGACUCUAUAGCGAAGAUGUCGUACGCGGUGGUGAGCAUAUGUUUCAACAUGCUAAAUGCGACAGAGAGACGGAUGUUCACCCAUACCUGGGGAUACAAAGACAAAAAUGGACAGUGGCAAGGACUAGUCGACCAUCUGAUGAAGAAGGAGGCGGAUCUUGGAACCCUAACAAUCUUCACUCAAGAGCGAAUGAAGGUGGUUGAUUACAUCGCAAUGGUUGGGUCAACGGCUGUACGUUUUGUGUUCCGAGAACCCCCCCUCUCCUUGGUUUCCAACAUCUUCGCACUACCGUUCUCCGAGUCCGUGUGGCUAGCAAUCUUGGUGUGUGUUCUAGGAUGUUCUUUGUUCCUGUUUAUCACAUCUAAAUGGGAGGCUAGUGUAGAGAUGCACCCAUUGCAACUGGAUGGUUCGUGGGCUGAUGUACUCAUCUUGAUCAUCGGAGCGGUUCUACAACAAGGAUGUACUUUAGAGCCGAGAUAUGCAGCAGGCCGCUGCGUAACUCUGAUUCUCUUUGUGGCGCUGACGAUACUGUACGCUGCGUAUUCUGCUAACAUCGUAGUACUCUUACGCGCCCCCAGUUCCUCUGUGCGAAGUCUACCUGAUCUGCUAAACUCGCCUCUGAAGUUGGGCGCUAGCGACUUCGAGUACAAUCGAUACUUCUUCAAGAAGCUCAAUGAACCAAUACGCAAGGCCAUUUACGACAAAAAAAUAGCACCUAAAGGAAAGGAUCCUCAUUUUUAUACCAUGGAGGAAGGAGUUGAGAGAAUUAGAAAAGGUCUCUUCGCUUUCCACAUGGAGCUGAACCCUGGCUAUCGAUUAAUACAGGAGACAUACCAAGAAGACGAAAAGUGUGACCUAGUGGAGAUAGACUAUAUUAACGAAAUAGACCCGUGGGUGCCGGGCCAGAAACGAUCCCCAUUAAAGGACCUGUUCAAAAUUAACUUCCUCAAGAUCCGUGAGUCAGGUGUUCAAGCUAAUAUCCACAGCCGCCUGACAGUUGGCCGGCCUAGAUGCUCUGGCACAGUGUCUACCUUCAGCAGUGUUGGCAUCACGGAUAUAUAUCCAGCGCUUCUAAUGACAUUAUACGGAAUGCUGCUAGCCCCCGCUGUACUUAUUAUGGAGAUCAUGUAUAAGAGACUGAUAAGAAUGAGACAACAGAAGAAACAUUUGAUGGAGGAAACUCCCAUGCCAUUUCAACAUUAG